GCGUGACGUAUAAUCUAGUGGACGGUUCUUCAGAAACAGCUCGUUAAUCACCAAGGUAGCUUGCUAGCCAACAUAGCGUAUAGCUUGAAUCUUUCGGCUAUCGAUGUAUAUUAGCUACUGUGUUUUAGACACACUUCUGUCGUAUCUACUUGUUAACCUAUUUCAUUUAAUUUGAUGUUAUUUUGUAUUAGUCAGCUAUAGUAGCUGGCUGGUUAAGUUAGCACUAGCCUACUCGCUAAUGAUAGCUAGCUAGCUAACAUCCCCGAACAUGAGCUCCCUAAACUACUCUCCUCCUGUUACAGAAGAGGAGGGCUGCUGGACGGAGGAAGAAGCUCUGGGGCUGAACAUUGUCGCGAAAGAGGAGAAGGAAGAGGAGGAUGUCACAGUAAAACAAGUAGAGGGUGAUGCUGUUACAGUGAAAGAAGAAGAGAAAGACGUUUCAGUGAAAGAAGAGGAAGACGCGUUCAGAGUGAAAGAGGAGGAGGAUGUUACAGUAAAAGAAGAGGAGGAAGAUAAAGAUGAGGAUGUCGUUUUUGGAGUGCAGAAGGAAGGGGAGAUUACUGUCACAUUGAAAGAUGAAGAGGAGGAGAUAGGAGAUCUGAUUAACACCAGAGAGAGAGGUGACUAUCGUGGAUCCUCUGGGGAGCCUCAACAACCGCAUGAUGCCGAGGCAGAGAAGAGUCUCUACAGACCAGGAUACCUCAAGAAACACCAGCAGAAACCCAAAGGAAAGAGAACUCACCGCUGCUCUGACUGUGGGAAGAGUUUUGUUUUCUCAGGACAAUUAAAAUCACACCAGAGAACGCAUACAGGAGAGAAAUCAUAUAGCUGUGAUCAAUGUGGGAAGAGUUUUACUACAUUUAGCAAUCUGAUGAUACACCAGAGAACACACACAGGAGAGAAACCUUAUAGCUGUGAUCAAUGUGGUAAUAGUUUUGUUUCAUCUGGCCUUCUGACUGUACAUCAGAGAAUACAUACAGGAGAGAAACCAUAUAGCUGUACUCAAUGUGGGAAGAGUUUUACUCAGCUAAGCAACCUGAUAUCACACCAAAGAAUACACACAGGUGAGAAACCUUAUAGCUGUACUCAAUGUGGGAAGAGUUUUACUCAGUCAACCAGCCUGAUAUCACACCAGAGAACACACACAGGAGAGAAACCUUAUAGCUGUGAUGAAUGUGGGAAGAGUUUUACUACAUCUAGCAAACUGACUCUACACUACAGAACACACACAGGAGAAAAACCUUUUAGCUGUUCUCAAUGUGACAAGAGAUACUAUGAUAAAUGUUCUCUGAUUACACAUCAGAAAAUACAUGCAUGAAGGCGUUGUUUCAUGAUAUCAAUGAAAUUAUGUCAGAAUGUAGAAUGUUUAACAAUGUACAAGGAGUAUUUUAAUGAUGUCACAAUAUAGAACCCUAAAUGUUUGCCCCCUGUUCUAUUGAUUUCAACAUGAUAUGGAUUUUAGCCUCAGGGGGGAAAUCCAGGCUCUGAAUUGAAAGAGUACUAUUUAUAUGAUUUAACAAAAAGUGAGUAACAAAAAAGUUCUGUCUUACACUUACUAUGUUGGUGGCCCACUUUAAUCACAAGUUACACUUGAAUAAAAAUGUAGCUAGAGGUUUUCUACAAAUUGUCCUCAACCAGUGAUGUACACAUUACUCUCAGAUUCCAUAUGGUUUUUGAGCUGUUAGUUUUAACAGGACGUGCAACCUCAUCUCCCUCCUCUCGGCAGAAUUGAUUUCAACAUGAUAUUAAUGAGUGAUGACAAAUUAAGUGUUGCCCUUAUUUGUUUAGCGACCCCUACAUUUAAAUGCAUCUCUCCAAAAUGUAGCUGACUGUCUUCUGCAGAUUGUCCUCUAACCAGUGAGGUGAAAGAUAUCUCCUAUUUCUAUGUGUUUUUUUAGUUGUGUUAGGUACAACCUGAUUUCCCCCCUAAUUGAUUUCACUGAUUUAUUGCUUCAUGCCAAAACAACAGCGUUUCUGGUUCUUGUGCAGUACGUAAGAUGCUUGUUUAAAAAAUACAAGUAAUAUGUAUUAUUGUGGCAGAUGUUUGUGUUUAUAUAGCUCAAUUUAUCACAAACUGUUUCUGCAUAUUGGUUAUUGAUUUGGACACAUUAAAACUUUGUUUUGACAUUGGGCUAUCCCACCUAGCAAAAUGUCAUUGAAAAGAGGUUGAGAAGGAGACUAUGCCCGGUGUACAAUAUACGUUCAGUUUUAGUUGAAGUGAAAGUUGAGAUGUUGUUUUUUCAAUUCACUUGCAGCCUAUACACAUGGACGCAGUAUAAUAACUUGGUCUGUAACAAUUUUAUUCGCAUUCUUACAUCACUCCAGUAUUUCUUUGCAACAUUCAAAUGGUAAUUGUCUUUAUUCCCACUGUCAAAGAAGCAUGUCUCAAAUCACUUCAUAUUUCAAACACAUCCAUGCCUCACCAUGAAGUUAAUUAUUGCCAAUACAUAUUAACAAAGGGGUGUACAUUUGGUUUUCAUAUUUACAUUUAGUAAUAAUAAUUAUUUAUGCAACCAAUCAGGGUUCAUUCUCAGAUGUGCCAAACCAAAUGUACUAGAGCAUGACAUUGGGGAUUGGGCCCCGAUCCAACAACAUGCCUAUCUAGUGAACCCUGAAAAGAGAGAGAAGCUCUGCAGUGAGGUGGAAAGUUACUACGGAUAUUGCAGGAGUUUCCUCUUGAAAUCAGACAUGUCCGUGGUAAGGACAACUUGGUUGUUGAUUGUCUCCAGCGGGGUGUAGUCAAAAAGUUUUGUGUUUAGCCAGUGCGUUACCAUGGAUGACAAUUUAUUUUGACUGCAUGUUUUUACGUAUUGGAGAUGAGUUUUGUUUGUGCUCGUUCCAAGGGGACGAGAGUUCUAGAAGCUAGUGAGUUUUUCAAAAAUAGAUUGUAGAAAAAUAUAUAUAUUUAGAAAUGUGUUUUUUCUUGUUUUUAAUUGGUGACAGCCAGUAGACACCAUGUUUAUAUUGUAGAAGGUGAAGCAUUGUAGUUGAUUUUAAUAUGAAUUGGAAGUUGUUUUCUGUUGGUGGUGAGUAAACUUGUCCAACAAAAGUAUAGGAUAUAUUUGUAAUCUUAAGGGGGAAGGUGUUACAGGCUUUGGUUUUUCCAUUUAUGUUUUGAGGUUGGACUUUAGCACAUAUAGCUCGUUAGCACUGUGAGGGAAUUUUCUUUUAAACCUUACUAAUGCAUGUGUAUUAAAAUAUUAUUCUUUAAGCCGAGGCAUUGGGCUUGAGAUUGGUAAAGAACCUAACUCCUAUAACAUAGAAAAGUGUGUUGAUAGAGGCCUGUUCUGGGUGUGUAGAAUGAACCCAUGAUGUUCAGACACUCAGCCAAGAAUAUGACAGAAACUGACUGGUUCCUCUUGAUCCUCCACAGAGUAAAGGUUUUUUCCUGCACACCAGUAACAGAGCUAUUGUGUUGGAGCCUGUUUCUGAGGAAAGAUUGUGGUGGAGAAAUCAUGAUUAGCUAAGUAACAUGGAUAAUUAAGAUGUCUUAUCUGUAGAAUAUGCUGUUAUGAACUAUUGACCUCUUGCUAUUAGAAUGUCUCCUUUCUGGAUCUGGUGUUGGCAGCUGCACUUCCCCCCUCAAAUGGGCCUCAGUCACCUUGGGUCCAAAGAAGCGAGAUGUCAGGCUUAUCGAUCACAUGUCCCUGUUGCUAUGCAGAAUAUCAGCAUCUAUCACAUUUCCCGGUUGCUAUGCAGAAUAUUAGCAUCUAUCACAUGUCCCUGUUGCUAGGCAGAAUAUCAACAGGGAGGAAGGCAAAGGAGAUCAGAAGGAAACAUUGUUUCCAUAUGUGAACUGUGUGUUUAUUGCGAAACAUGUGAAGGGAUGGUGUGAGUAAUGGGGAACCAAUCACUUGUCUCCACAGUGUCUGUGCGUCAGUCACCUACUCCUAGGGGCAGAUUGUAUUUGGGGCCCAAGGUCUGACACAGGAUGUGUGGGGUUGGUGUUUGGAACCAUUGUACGUCAUCUCUGAGGUUGCACCUAUCCUGAGAUAGUUUAUAACCCAGAAGCAAGCCUCCUUGUAAAAACAAGUAUUUUAAUAAAAGUAAAAACCUUGAUUGAUUAUUAAUUUUGCGCCUCCUCAUUAUUGAUUAUGGGUAGAAUUUCCACCCCAGCACGUAUGGCGAACCGAUUGGUAUCACCUCGUUAGUUAGAAUGUGUUGGCUUGUCCAUCUUGUUAGGGUUGGAUGUUGCAUCCAAUUGUUAAUAUUGUAAUCAAUGACAUUUCCUUAGGGUGCUCAUUAGUCUUUCAGUUGUUAUUCUUCUGUUUUUUAUCCUAUUAUUGUUGUGUAGUAAAUAUUUCUUUUUAUUUUCAAUGUUUUCUAAACAUAUUUUCCUGUGAAGUCAUUGUGUUGCAUCCAUGUCUGAAAUGUGCUGUAUAAAUAAAGCUUGAUUU